GCUGACAUGACUGGUAAACAUGGGAAAUUCUGCGUGCACCUGUAAACGCUGCUGUCCGUGUUGCCCACCGAACAACGAAGAGCAGUCUCUCAGCCGCAAAAGAGUCUUCAGAUCGAUCAACAAUUAUCCCUCACGCACAAUAUGGGAUCUAGAGCUGAAGAAAGGAGAUAUUCUGGAGGUGACAGGAGAGAAUGAACACUGGUUGUAUGUGAGGAGACGCACAGCUAAGGCUAACGGAUCGAAGUACUUUGUGGAGGAAAAAGGAUAUGUGCCUAGAGACUUCAUCAAACCACUGGAUAGCGUAGAGGCCGAGCCAUGGUUUUUUGAGAGUGUUAAAACACGUAUAGAUGCCAGAUGUCGUCUGCAGAGACCAGAAAACAAAGAGGGUGCAUUUCUCAUCUGGAAGUGUAAUGAGAAUAAUCUAUAUUAUUUAUCAGUGUGGAGUGGCCUUCAUGCACGGCAUUACAGGGUCAAGCAGGGAGAAAACGACAAGCAGUUUUUCCUUGUUCAUCACAAAACCUUCCAGACCUUGUGUGAGCUGAUAGAGUUUUACUCUGAAAACAAGAGCGGACUUUGUGCGAAGCUUCAUGAACCAUGUGUGAAGCUGGACCAGCCGGCUCCUCUGACUCUGUCAUUCGAAACCAAAUGGGAGGUAGACAGAAGCUCACUUACCAAAAUAAAGAAGGUGGGCAGCGGGGAGUUUGCGGAGGUUUGGCAGGGGCUCUGGAACAACACCACAGAGGUGGCCAUCAAAGAGUUCAAAGAUGUCAACUAUUCGAAUAUCAAAACAGAGAUUAAUAUCAUGAAAGAGCUGCAUCACGAGCGUCUGCUGAAGCUCUACGCUGUGUGUACGAACAGUGAACCCAUGUGUUUAGUCACGGAGCUCAUGAAAAACGGCAGUUUAAAGAAAUUUCUCAUCAGCCACAAAGAGAAGCAAGACUUGGAGUUUUCAGUCAUGAUGGAUUUUGCCGUCCAGAUUACAGAAGGAAUGAUUUACAUUGAGAAUAAAAUAGUUCACCGUGAUCUGAGAGCCGAGAACAUUCUGCUUACCGACAUGCAAUGCUGCAAAAUAGCCGAUUUUGGACUCGCUGAAAUCAAUCUGGCUGGGAGCAACAGAAUUUCAUCAGAUAUAAAGAUCCCUGUGAAAUGGAUUGCCCCGGAGAUAUUUGAGAACAAGGCUUACACAAGCAAGAGCGACGUCUGGUCUUUCGGCAUCCUUUUAACUGAAAUCGUGACAUAUGGGGAUGACCCUUACCCUGGUAUGGAAAAAAUGGCCUGCGUUCGGUCCAUUCAGAGAGGAGAGCGGAUGGAGAGACCGGCCGGCUGCCCCGAAGCGCUCUACGACAUUAUGCUGCAGUGCUGGAGGCCAAACCCUGAGGAGAGACCAACAUUUACAGAGCUACGGGAGAAGCUAUUGGCUCUCAUACAUGAGCCUGAUUCUGAACUGGAGUAGAUACUGUAGAAAUGAGAGCGCUGGGACACUUUUGAGCUUAGAUUAUAUGUGCCCAACACAGACAAUCACUUACAGUUUACAGAGGUUAAUAUCUGCCAGAAUUAAUGCAAUGUGUGAUUCUCAUGAAAAUGUAACAAUUGUAGCAAAAAUAUUACAGUGCUUUUUUAAAAAUCAAAACAGUUUAAAGCUUAAUUGGUUAAUUUUCAUGGGAAAAGAAACUUAAAAUGGACUUUCUUAAUGCAAAAUAAAUCAAUUUAGAUUUUUGCAUUACAUUUUUCAUGAGAUUCAUUCGUAUGCAAACUGUGCCAUACAUCUCUCAAACUGAAAAGAUUUAGAAUGACUAUAACUAGUGUUGCUAAUCAGUAUUACUUAAGGUGAUUAUGAAGUUUCUUAGUUUAUAUAUUCCCUGGUAAGCAGGAGAUAUUUAAUUGUUGACUGAUAUUUUUUGUCAUCAAAGCUGAAAAAUUAUGGCCAAUGUGAAAACACCAUGUCAUGUAAACUCUCAACAUUUGUUGAUAGCAGAGCCUUUGCAAAUGAAUGUUUGAUUUUUAACCUUUUAUUUAAAUUCUAAAACCUAUUGUAAGAACAUGUAUUUUUUGUGACCUGAUAAAGAACAUGUAAUUAUGUAAA